CCGAGAAAGAGAGAGAGCUUUCCAUCGUUUUAAGUUUCUAAGCAAUCCUGGAUAAUGCAAAGAGGAGGCCAGCCAGGAGGAAGAACAGUGUAUCAGCGCGGCAGUAGCGAGCGAGCAAACUAUAGUGUGGGAAAGAGAACGCUCUUCUCCGCUUGGAGGAAUUAAUUUCUUCCCUGGCACCGACCAGGUGGAUUUCAAUGCGGCCAGGGCCGUAUCGUCUUAGAAAGAAAGAGCGCUUAGCCGGGAAAGAUGGAUCGCUGGCUGGUAAAAAGAGGGAGUGAAAAGCUGUCGAUCGAUCGAGACGACAAAGAUUCGAAACGGCGUCCUCCUCGUUCCUCCAUAGCCGCGAGCGAGCGAGGUUUUCUUUCUAAGUCCUAGUAUUUAAACUGGUUUUAGUUGAGGCAUCUCGCUCGCUCGGUCCUGCGGCGUUUGCGUUUGUUCCUCCUCCUCUCCUCUCGCGCAAACUUGCCUCUCUUCGUUUUUUUCUCUUUUUUUCCUCGUUCCUCUUGGCGCUGGCAAUGCUGGUGCUGCUGGUGCUGGAAUCCUCGUGGAAUCGCUUGCGCCCACAAGUUCUUCCACUCCCCGGCUGUUCUAGCUAGUUUCUCUCGAGUAGUUUGUAAGAAAUAUUCGUCUCAGGUACGUACGUCAUUCCUUUUUCUAAGUUGGAAGAAGAUCGAGCAUGAUUUGAAAGCUUGUGAAUCUUGCAAGCUUUGAACUUCAGAUCGAUAGAUUCACUUUCACUAGAGAGAAGAAGAGAGAAGAUGGGAUCCGGAGGAACUUUCAGUGAUGACCCAGCAGCAGCAGUGCCAGCAAAGAGAAGAACAGCAUCACCAUCGCCACCACCACCUCUCCACAGAUCCAUCUCUCUCUUCCUCUCCCGCUAUGUCUUCACACUCCACGCGGCGGCGCAAGCCACGCUCCUCCUCCUCGUCUCCGCCAUCGCCUCAGGCCACCUGGAUCUCUCCACCAUCGCCCACCACCGCGACGCAAUCGCCCACGACCUCCUCUCCAUCCAGGCCGCGGUCAAGAGCUCCAAGCUCCUGGGAAUCACCUCCGUCGCCACCAUUUUCUCGCUCGGAUGGAUCGCGGCGCUGUGGCUCCUGGUGACGCGCAAGAAGAAGAGAACCGGCGUCUACAUCGUCGACUUCGCGUGCUACAAGCCCGACGACAAGCUCAAGUGCUCGGCGGAGCUCUCGGAAUGGUUCGCCAAGCGGCUGGGCGUCUACACCGAGAAAACCAUGGAAUUCUUCAAGAAGGUCUAUCUCAAAUCCGGAGUGGGCGACGAGACUUACGCGCCGCCCGCGAUGUUCCACCACCCCAACGCGGAUCUUAGCUGGAAGCAAGCCCGCGCCGAGGCGGAGCUCGUCAUCUUCGGUGCGGUGGACGAGCUCCUGGCCAAAACCGGAAUCAAAUCCAAGGACAUUGGCAUCCUGGUCGUCAACAGCAGCUGCUUCAAUCCCACUCCCAGCCUCUCCUCGAUGAUCGUCAAUCACUACAAGAUGGGUACCGACAUCCGGAGCUUCAACCUGGGCGGGAUGGGCUGCAGUGCUGGCAUCAUAGCGAUCGACCUCGCCAAGGAUCUCCUGGGGAUGCAUCCAAACACGUACGCGCUGGUGGUGAGCACCGAGAACAUCACCCACAACCUCUACCUGGGCAACAAUCGCCCCAUGCUCGUCACGAACUGUCUCUUCCGCGUCGGCGGCGCCGCCAUCCUCCUGAGCAACCACCCCUGCCACUCCCCCGGCGGCGCCGCCGCUGGCAAGUACGAGCUCCUUCAUACCGUACGCAUCCACAACGGCGGCGACGACAAGGCGUACGGAUGCAUCACCCAGGAGGCCGACAGCGAUGGCGUUCUUGGGAUCACGCUCACCAAGCACAUCAUGGUCGCCGCCGCCGACGCGCUCAAGAAGAAUCUCACCAAGCUCGGCCCGCUCGUUCUUCCAAUCGGCGAGCAGCUCCACUUCGCGGCCAACGUGAUCGCGCGCAGCGUCUUCAAGCUCGAUCGCAAGCCAUACAUCCCGGACUUCAAGCUCGCCUUCGAUCACUUCCUGCUCCACGCCGGCGGCCGCGCGGUGGUGGACGAGCUCGAGAAGAGCUUGCGGCUGGGUGAGGAGAAGAUGGAGGCGUGCCGGAUGACGCUCCAUCGAUUCGGGAACACCUCGAGCAGCUGCGUGUGGUACGAGCUCGCGUAUCUCGAGGCCAAGGGGAGGGUGAGGUAUGGCGAUCGCCUGUGGCAGCUCGGGGUUGGAUCGGGAUUCAAGUGUAACAGCGCCGUGUGGCGAGCGAUCCGCGAUAUCGAUCGACCCAAGUCGAUGAAUCCCUGGCUGGAUUGCAUCGAUGAGUAUCCACUGGAAGUUCCAACUGACAUGGAAGAUAUCCCGCGCCGGGAGAAGCUCUACUUCCAGACAGUGGAUGGAUUGAUCGUGGAUACCAGUACGGGUCAAGCGUAUGCCAAGGAUGGAUCGCUCGUGACGAGCGAUUAUAGAGCUCCAGCCCCGGAUCAUCCAUCCUCCGCGGCCGGAGAGAAUCAUCGUGAUCAUCCAGCCAGGGAGAAUGGGGUGAUCGUGUCCAACGGAACCAAUGGCGUCCACCACCAUUAGGCACGGAUCGUGGAUCCAAGAACACGAUGCAUGGGAUGUUCGUUUCGACGACGGUAUAUCAAACGGGUUGCAUUGAUUCGUUCCAACUUCCUGCGAGAGUUCUUCCAAGUUCUUCCAGGGCCAUGGUUUUAGGAUUUGAGAAAAUUUGAUUGGUUUGUGGGUUUGAGAUUCAUAGAGUGUCAUUCAUGCCGGCUAUGGUGGACAUCUCUCUUUUUCUGAUAUUUCACUUCUCUUGGGGAGGGAUUUUAUUAGCGCGAGCCAGAUGUCCUCCAUAGCCAGCGAUUGCUUCACAGCUCCUCCUUAAUAAUCACCAAGAAAGAAGGAGAAUUCAAUGCCCGCCAUCUUUUCCAUAUCAA